ACAAAAAAAAAUGUUCAAUCGAUCAUCUAGUAUUAAUAAUAAUCCAAAUGAUGAUCUUAAUGAUCAUAUUGCAUCGAUAAACAGCUAUGAAAAAACAAGAAAAAAUAUUUGUGAUGAUAUCAAAAAAAUAAUCAAAUGUUUAUAUGAUUUAAAUUCCAUUGAAAAGAAAUUCAUCGACAAUCUAUCAUCAUUGAAUAGAGAAGAUGAAAAAUUUACACAAUUGAUUCAAUGUUGGAAUGAAUUGUUGCAAAAAUCAUUGGAAAAUCGUCAAGAUUUGGCCAUCAGUAUUAAUCAUACGGUCGGUGAACCAAUGAAAAAAUUUCAAAUUGCUUUCCAUGAAAUGAAAAGUGCAAUAAAACGUUAUGAACAAUUAACAAAUGAAUGCAAUAAAUGUAGCCAAAAAUUGCAAGAAUUAAAACGUUUGGAUCGUACAUCGAAUGUAAUUGUCAAACAAAAUCGUUAUGAAGCAUUAUUGAAACAAUCCGAAAAGGAUCGUAAAUCAUUAAGACAAACAUUGGAAAGAGAAUUACCACUUUUUCUUGAGAAACGUAUCGAUUACUUUCAACCAUCAUUUGCUGCAUUCAUUUGUUCUGGUAUUUUAUAUUCAGGAUUGAAUUUAUCCACCAUCGAUCAAUCGAAUCAUGAACUAUUCAUUGGUCCAACCGAUUCUGAACAACAACAGCUAUUCAAUACAAUCAAUAAUUUAUCGAUAAUCAGCUCAUAAAUGUUUUCAUUGUCAUCAUUGUUUUAAUUGUCAAAAAAAAUGUUUAGCAGACUAGUGCGCUUUUACAUAUAAAAGUUUUUACAUAAACAAUAUGUAUAUUUUUUUAAAA